AAACGAUACGAAGCCUAGACAAACAAACAUAGCCCAACAUCAAACAAAAACAAUGUUCAAAUUUCCUUUAUUUUGUUUGUUUAUUGCAACAUAUUACAGUCAAGUUGUAACUUCCGAGAAACGGAUCGUUGGAGGACAAGCUGCCAGAGCCGGACAAUUUCCUUUUACUGCUGGCAUUUACGUUACAACUGAUGACAGCCGAUACUUCUGUGGAGGAGUUCUAUAUAACAACCAAUGGAUAAUCACAGCUGGUCAAUGUGUAUAUAAUGCAAAUCUGUUUACUAUUCAAUUGGGUUCUAAUUAUUUAUCAGCUGAAGAUCCGAAUCGUUUAGAGCUUGCCACUUCGUCGUACGUACUCCAUCCAGACUUUAACCCAAACACUCUUGAAAAUGAUAUUGGUCUUAUUCAGCUUCGAAUACCAAUUGAAUUCACGGAUUACAUUCAACCAAUUUAUACUUUACCUGCCAAUGAUAUGAAACCUGACUUUGUAUUGCUGGCUAUGGGAUGGGGACAAACUACUGACGAUGAUCCCGAACUAGCCGAAGAAUUAAACUGGGUCGCUAUUACUGUUUUAACAAACGAUGAGUGUAAAAUAACAUAUGGAAAUCAAAUUAAAGACUAUAUGCUUUGUGCUGCUGGAAAUUAUAACCAAGGAAGUUGUAUUGGAGACACAGGUAGUCCUUUAGUGGAAUUGAUGAAGAUGGGCAAUGGUUGUUUAAGCGGAAUUGCUAGUUUUAUUAGUAGUAAUGGAUGCGAAAGUACAGAUCCUUCGGGAUACACCAGAAUUUUCCCGUAUGUUUCCUGGAUCCGAAAUGUAACAAGUGCCUAAACAGCUAAGCCAAACUUUAACCUCAAAAUGUAUUUAGGUUAAAGUGAUAUUUAUCAGUGUAAAAAUUAAACUGAUAAUAAAAGUAUGCAAAUAAAAAAAAAGUUAAUCAAUUAUUUUGUGAGAAAAUUUUUGGCAUUGGUUUCACUGCAGUUUUUUUCCUUACUAUUAAUAAGUUUUUGAAUCGCCGCCCCCGAGCGAGAAACCGUACCACCGUCAUCGUUUAUUUUUGUCGUCACCGUCACAAGUCGAAACCGUCGUCCACGCGUCGUGUAUCGCCGUCGCGGCCCCCAAGUCCAAGAGAAGCGACCGUGCCGGAGAUUUAAUUCUUUUUGUUUAUUUUUGUUUGUAAAACCGAUCUGUAUUUAUUUAAGUUAAUUCGCUUUAAGAUUUAUUAUUUUAGACCUAUAGCCGAUGGCAUGAAAUAAAGCUGACUUAUUGUUUAAAAUAU